AAAUGAAGUAUAAUCAUUAUGCCCACAUGUCAGGAAGAGUGUUAGGGAAUUACCAGUGCUAAGACUCCCAACUUGAAUGGUGAUUCAAUCACUACUUGAGCUUUCCUGCAUAUAGUUAUCUGUAAGUCAUGACAUUUAUUUAUCUAGAUGUAAUCUAAAGUUCAAUAAAUUUUUUUGAGUACUUAAUGAGUAGUCCGUCUCCUUCUUUUGAUAAUUCAAAAAUGCUGCAGCCUCUGGUGAAUGGGACCUGCUUCUUCUUCCACUCUGCGAUUACAGCUAUGGCACCAAGGGCAGGCCUUGCUGCCACCAUGGAGCGUAUGCUUUGCCCUGAGGCUUGGACGGAGAACGUCAUGGCUUCAGCCAUUGGCUCCUUGCAGGAUGUAUGUGGAGUCGGCUAAAUAUGUUACGCCUACAUUAUUGAAGUUAAGGGUCAUGGAAUACAGGAGAGGGAAAGGGGCAUGUUUCUUUGCCUUGGAAUGUAAACAAGGAAUGACUUUUUGGUUCAUAGUUUCUAUAUGCUUGGAGUUUGAUGUUUCGUGCCUUGGCCUUUGA